AUGAAUCAGCCCAGCAAGAAAAACGAUCAGAUUCAACAUACCAAUUAUUUAGGACCAGAGUAUGCAGUUUAUCAAAGAACCAACAUUGUUAAAAUUGCUGCUUCGCCGUCUGUGUAUAAUCCAGACGAUCAACCAGACCCCGAUUUACUGGAGCAAUAUGAUAACUUUUAUCAAACAACCAAAAGCUUGCUGGUGUUGUUUCAGAUCAUGGGUGUUAUGCCUAUAGAACGGUCCGCAAAGGGAAAAACAACAUUCAGAUGGCUUUCGUCAACAUCAAUAUACGCCUACUGCAUCUUUGCUGGGGAAACGAUCUUCGUUAGCAUGGUUUUUCGAGAAAGAUUAAAUUUAAUACUACAACCUGGAAAGAGAUUCGAUGAAUAUAUUUAUGGUAUAAUAUUCUUGAGCAUUUUAAUUCCACACUUUAUGUUGCCUGUUGCUGCUUGGACUAACGGGGCGGAGGUGGCCAAGUUUAAAAACAUGUGGACACGGUUCCAGUUAAAAUAUUUCCAAGUGACAGGUACUCCCAUCAUCUUCCGCAAUUUAUCACUAAUAACCUACACCCUCUGUAUAAUGUCCUGGGUAAUGGGUGUCGCCGUGAUGUUGGCGCAGUUCUACCUCCAAACCGACAUGCUCCUGUGGCACACAUUCGGCUACUACCACAUCCUCGCAAUGCUCAACUGCCUUUGUUCCUUGUGGUUCAUCAACUGCACGGCCAAAGGACGUGUGGCCGUCUGGAUGGUACAAAAUCUGCACAAAGCUCUCGAAUCCCCCGACCCAGCCAACCUGCUGGGAGCUUACAGAGACUUAUGGGUGGAUUUGUCCCACAUGAUGCAGCAAUUAGGCAAGGCCUACAGCGGAAUGUAUAGUAUGUACUGCCUGCUGAUUUUAUUGACGACCAUCGUGGCAAGUUACGGUUCUGUGACGGAGAUAAUGGACCAAGGGUUGUCGUUCAAAGAAGCUGGUUUGUUUAUUAUCGCUUUUUAUUGCAUGACGCUGCUUUAUGUUAUAUGCAACGAGGCGCAUCACGCGUCGAGAAAAAUGGGCCCUCAAUUCAGGGAAACACUCCUCAAUGUUAAUUUGAGCGCUGUCGAUCAACGGACGCGACAGGAGGUGAACAUGUUCUUGACGGCCAUCGACAAGAACCCGCCGACGAUGAAUCUUAACGGUUACGCCAAUGUCAACAGGAAAUUAAUAUCGUCGACAGUGACAUCAAUAGUAACAUAUCUAGUUAUGUUAAUGCAAUUCCGACUAACAUUGAUGCGGAAUGCGCAGCUCGCCGCAAGAAGAGCCAACGCUUCUUUAUCCUCUGGGAAUACGACGACGACGUCCCAAGUCGUGCACGGCCAAAUUAGAGUCGAACACAGCACAACAGCUCAUGGUGUAGGCACCUGGAUCGCGCUGCAAGUUGACCAGAUUAUAUCAGAAACGAAAGAUGCUGACAACACGCCUGGUAUACAGUAUGGUACAACUGAAUCUAGUUAA